AUGCUUCCACAACCAGACGCAAAAGUCUUGCGCACAAACCCUCAAUUCGCAGCUCUGUGGAGAGAUUUGACGACAAACAAGAUACAAAGAAAUGGUGUUUCCAGAGAUGUUGCAUUGAACUCGGAGACAGUAAAGAUGAGAGAGGUCUUGCACAGCAAACGGGUUGAAAUUGCGGAAAAGGAGGUUCUGAGAAAUGCGGUUAGACAUGUUGCGUUUGGUGAAGAUGGUGGUUUGACUGGCGAGUUGAGGGAGACGGCUCAGAUUGUUUCUGCGCAGUUGGAUGGGAAGUUGAGUCCACAAGACAAGGAUAUCGUCCUAGUCGAAGUCGAGGAAUUCAUGAACAACAUCGACACGAUUAGAGCAGCGGUGGGAAGUCACAUGGAGCAGAACAUGGUGCUGCUGUGUCAAAUACUGGAUCCAACACAGCAGCAGCCAGACCCUGCGACGCUUCCAGUACACGCCCAAGCUCUUCAGGCAGAUGUCGAGGAAGCGAAAUGGCAGCUUGGUGUCAAGCGCAUUGAGCUGGCAAGCACUCUGACGCAGCUUCUCAAGACGAACGCGCAGCUUCUACAAACAUGCAUCCGGAUACUGGAGCAAGUGGUGCAUGGCAGUUGGCGCAAGGACUGGAGAAGCGAUUGCUGGUAG